CCCACCCUCGCGCUCUCUCCAUUGUCUGGGAACUGCGGCCACCGGGCGGGCGGUAGCUGGGACCUGCUGGCCGGGCCCGCGCGGCGCGGAGCCGGCGCGGAAGAUGACCGGCCCGACUGCGGCCACCUGAGCCGCCCGCCUAGACCCGCCGCCUUUCGUCGGAGGAUGUGCGCCCGGGUGGCAGGGCGCGCGGCAGCGGCCACGGGGGGCCCCUGCGGCCCCUGGCUGAGCCUCUUGGUGGCCCUCGCCCUGGACUCCGUGAGAGUGGGCUGUGACCAGGACCCCCUGGACCCUGUCUACCUGCCAGCAGCUUUGGAACUCCUGGAUGGCCCUGAGCACUUCCGCGUGCAACAGGUGGGCCGCUACCCGCCAGCCAACUCUUCUCUGGGCUCCCGAUCCGAGACCUUUCUGCUCCUGCAGCCCUGGCCCAGGGCCCAGCCGCUCCUCCGGGCCUCCUACCCACCCUUUGCCACUCAGCAGGUGGUCCCUCCCAGGGUCACUGAGCCCCAGCAGCAGCCGGUACCAUGGGACGUGCGGGCUGUGUCUAUAGAAGCAGCCGUGACUCCUGCGGAGCCCCAUGCCCGUGUCCUCUUCCAUCUCAAAGGGCAGGAUUGGCCACCGGGGCCCGGCGGCCUUCCCUGUGCCCGGCUCCACGCCACGCACCCUGCAGGCACUGUUCAGCGAGCCUGCCGCUUCCAGCCGUCCCUGGGCGCCUGCGUGGUGGAGCUGGAGUUCCCCUCACACUGGUUCUCCCAGGCCUCCGCCACGCGGGCCGAGCUGGCCUACACACUGGAGCCCAUAGCCGAGGGCCCUGGCGGCUGCAGCCCCAGCGGCGGGGAGGACCCUGGGAAGCAGGCCCUCCCAGUGGGCAGCGUGGAGCUGCGGUCAGCAGACCCCCCGCAGUACCAGGAGGUGCCCCUGGAUGAAGCUGUGACUCUGAGAGUGCCCGACAUGCCCGUGCGGCCCGGCCAGAUCUUCAGUGCUACCCUCCUUCUUCGGCACAACUUCACAGCCAGCCUCCUGACUCUGCGGAUCAAGGUGAAGAAGGGGCUGCAUGUGACGGCCGCCCGCCCAGCCCAGCCCACCCUCUGGACUGCCAAGCUGGAUCGAUUCAAGAGUUCCAAGCACCAUACCAGUCUCAUCACCUGCCACCGUGCUGGGUCUCCGGGGCCAGACACCAGUGCCCUUGAACUGUCUGAGUUCCUGUGGGUGGACUUUGCGGUGGAGAACGGCACCGGCGGGGGUGUGGCAGUCACUCGCCCUGUCACGUGGCAGCUGGAGUACCCCGGCCAGGCCCCCGAAGCAGAGAAGGACAAAAUGGUGUGGGAGAUCCUGGUGUCAGAGCGGGACAUAAGAGCCCUCGUUCCACUGGCCAAGGCAGAGGAGUUGGUGAAUACGGCACCACUGACCGGAGUGCCCCAACAUGUCCCUGUGCGCCUUGUCACCGUAGACAGUGGGGGGGCCCUGGUGGAGGUGACGGAGCACAUUGGCUGUGAGUCGGCCAACACACAGGUCCUGCAGGUGUCUGAGACCUGUGACACCGUGUUUGUGGCCGGCAAGGAGAGCCGCGGUGCUCGGGGAGUUCGGGUGGACUUCUGGUGGCGCCGGCUGCGUGCCUCACUGAGGCUGACGGUGUGGGCCCCACUGCUGCCCCUGCGCAUCGAGCUGACUGACACCACCCUGGAGCAGGUCCGAGGCUGGAGAGUCCCCGGCCCAAGUGACGGGGCGGCGGAGCCGGAGGCUGCGGCAGGAGGGGAGGAGGCGGAGCGGCGCGCCCGCGGCUGCCGCCUGCAGUACCAGCGCGCCGGCGUGCGCUUCCUCGCCCCUUUCGCGGCCCAUCCACUGGACGGCGGCCGCCGCCUCACCCACCUGCUCGGCCCCGACUGGCUGUUGGACGUGUCCCACCUUGUGGCGCCGCACGCCCGCGUGCAGGACCCACGCAUAGCCUCUCUGGAGGGCGGUCGUGUCCUGGUGGGCAGGGAGCCCGGCGUCACCUCCAUCGAGGUGAGUUCCCCGCUGUCUGACUCCAUCCUGGGGGAGCAGGCCCUGGCUGUGACGGAUGACAAGGUCUCGGUGCUGGAGCUGCGGGUGCAGCCGGUGAUGGGCAUAUCGCUGGCCCUGAGCCGGGGCACUAACCACCCUGGGGAGGUCACAGCCACGUGCUGGGCACAGUCAGCCCUCCCCGCCCCAAAGCAGGAGGUGGCCCUCUCCCUGUGGCUGUCCUUCUCGGACCACACCCUGGCCCCCGCUGAGCUCUACGACCGCCGUGACCUGGGACUGUCCAUCUCUGCAGAGGAGCCCGGCGCCAUCCUGCCAGCUGAGGAGCGGGGUGCCCAGCUCGGGGUGGUGGUGAGUGGGGCAGGCACUGAGGGGCUGCCCUUGCAUGUGGCCCUGCACCCGGCCGAGCCUUGCCGCCGGGGACGCCACCGAGUGCCCCUGGCCUCUGGCACUGCCUGGCUGGGACUGCCUCCUGCCCCCACCCCGGCCCCCGCCCUCCCAUCCAGCCCUGCCUGGAGCCCACCGGCCACGGAGGCCAGCCUGGGUGGUGAACAGCAGGUGGUGGGCAGUGUGGGAGGCAGCAGGAGUGUGAGGGGUAAGUUUGAGCAGGCAGAGGAAGAGGCCAGGGAGAAGGAUGCUGAGGCUGGGGAGAAAGAGGAGGAGGAGGAGAUGGUGCCUGCCCCUCAACGGGUCACUGACCUAGAGCUGAGCAUGUACGCCCUGCUGGGUGUCUUCUGUCUGGCCAUCUUCAUCUUCCUGGUCAACGGGGUGGUCUUCGUGCUGCGCUACCAACGUAAGGAGGCUCCCGACAGCGCCAACGACCCCGCCUCCCCCCAGCCCCACAACUGGGUCUGGCUGGGCACAGACCAGGAGGAACUGAGCCGCCAGCUGGACCGGCGGCCCCCUGGCCCAGCCAAGGGGGAGGGGGGCUGCCCCUGUGAGAGCGGGGGAGGAGGGGAGGCCCCAGCCCUGGCCCCCGGCCCUGCUGAGGGCACCCCCAGCUCCUGCAGCACCCUGGCCCGCAAGGAACCUGGGGGGCGGCGGAAGCGUGUGGAGUUUGUGACAUUCUCACCAGCGCCCCCAGCCCAGCUGCCCGAGGAGCCCGUAGGGGCCCCUGCUGUGCAGUCCAUCCUAGUGGCGGGAGAGGAGGACAUUCGCUGGGUGUGUGAGGACAUGGGGCUGAAGGACCCCGAGGAGCUUCGAAACUACAUGGAAAGGAUUCGCGGCAGCUCCUGACCCCUCCGCUAGCCUGUCGGGUCCGCCAUCAUCCAGCCACCAGCCGGGGUCCUACCGAGCUCCCUGCCUGCCACUCCUGCUCGGUGCUUGUUGAUCCAAGUCCCCCGCCUGGUCCCCUCACAAGGACUCCCACCCAGGCCCCCUGUGCCCUCUGCCCCUUGUCCUAGACGAUGGUCGUGAGGAAGGGCUCAUGCCCCUUAUUUAUGGGAACCGUUUCACCCUUUGUUGGGUACAGAAUAAAACGAGAAGGAAGUCAG